AUUUUUUUUUUUUCGUUUAGUUUAUUUUGAUGUUUCAGUAGAAGAUUAAUGGUUCCCUAGGUUUCAUGUUCCUGAUGUUUUAAAAGGAUCAUUAUGUGAAUAUAGAGUUGUCAGAUUUUUUAAUGGAUGAUUUUGUAGGAGCAGUAUCAGUAUGAGUACCUGACAUUUUAUUCUUACUGUGUGCAUUUUUUAUCCUUGGAGAGGGAAAAUAAAUCUUACAGGUUCCAAGAACUGUGGGGCAUAUUUAUUAUUCUUUCCGGUACACCCUCUCUUUUGGGAGUGGUUGUCGUAUGUAGAAACCAAAAGAGGCUUCCCACUUGGACAAAGAAAAAGACUGGAUUCUAAUCAGAGUACUGUGGUCUCAAUUGAAAGAAAGAAUGCAUGCCGCAUCUCAAACUUUCAUCUUAAAUCUCACUCCACAGGUGAUCAGGUGCAAGCAGAGAGUAGGCCAGUAUGUUGUGCCUAUCCUGAAUUAUGAACAUUUUGGUCUUUCAUGGAAACUCAGUUGGUGCAGAAAUAAUUUAAAGGCACUUCUGCUUUCUGAAUUAUAUUUCAAAUUGCAUAGGUUAUUUGAGUCUAUACUUUAUUAUACAACAAGCAUUUUUGAAAAGGGUCUCAUAGUGAAUAAUGUUCCUGAAAAUUUGGUCUUUAACCAUGUUCAAUGGUGUCAUGCAAUUCUUGUGGCUGACCUUACCCAGUGGGAUAAGGCUUCGCAUCUGCUUUUUACAGGCAAGAUAUUAAAUGCCUUCCAGCUGCUGGUUGUAUCAUCAGGUGCCGAAAUUUCUUCCAAUCAGUUUGAGGACUUUUCUGUCUCUGUUGCCGAGAAGGAUGAUACCAGAGAACUAAAGCUAAGCGUAGAGGUAUGGACACAAAACUCAAUGAUAUUUGAUGAUGUUUUUUAGAGAAUGGUUGCAGCUGCACACCAUCCCAGAUUUCGAAGAGUAAAAGGAGGGAAAACACCAGAUAUACCAAAACACAUUUUAUUAGAGGUGCUUGGACCUUCCAAAGUUUUCAAGGAAGUUAUCAAGAAGAUAAUCAACUCAACUGUAGCUGGAUAUGUAGAGAAGGUAUUUUGUCAUAUGUGAAAUCUAGUUUUUCUUAUUUUGUCUUUCAAGGAAUUAUA